GCUAAGUCAAGAAUAUCAGAAUAGGUAUCUAAAGUCUAGAAGCUUAUGUUAGGCUAUCGAUAUCUGGCCAAAAUAUCCACCUACAUUGCGUAUUCUCUGUACCGUUCCAGCGAUCCUUCUCGACCGACAACACUGCCUAGGCGACAUAGAAGCACGACUAUACAGUUCCAGCCUCCUGCAGCCAUUGACGGUAUGAUGCGCCAAAGUCGGUAACCCCUUACUCGCCAAUGGACCGCACGCGCAACAGCAAGAUUAGCGAGAUCGAGCAGCAGCACAAGCCAUGUUCUCUACCAUCACCACUGCUCCGGCUAAGCAGUCCGUCAGCGAGACAAUAACCGUCCUCAGCGGCCGUCUUAGCUCAGCCACUCUUCUCGAAGACCGUCGUGCUGCCAUACUUGGAUUGCGAAGUUUUGCCAAAGAAUAUCCCGCUUCAGUUGCUUCGGGAGCUUUAAGGAGUCUAAUAGGGAGCUUGUCAAAGGAUGGCGAAGAUGUUGAUACCGUCAAGGUUGUCCUUGAGACAUUGCUGAUGCUGUUCAGUCCUAACCAGGAUAGUCCUGAAGCUUCGGAAGAGAUUGCUCUCUGGCUAGCCGACGAGUUUACUCAACGACAAGAGAACAUAACACUGCUCUUAGACUUCCUCGAGACCAACGAUUUCUACUCCCGAUUAUAUUCCCUACAACUUCUCCUCGCAAUCCUCUCUGCCCGCACGGAAAGAACGGAAGUAUGUGUCUUCACCGCUCCUCUCGGUAUCUCUAGGCUAGUGGCUGCCCUUGACGACCGAAGGGAAGCAGUCCGUAACGAAGCUUUAACCCUUCUUACCUACCUGACACCCUCUUCUCCCGAUAUUCAAAAGCUUGUGGCUUUCUCAAAUGUGUUUGGACGUGUCUUUGAAAUAAUAGCGGCCGAAGGAUCUUUGUCUGAGGGCGAUAGAAUAGUCGAAGACUGCCUGAUUCUUCUCGCUAACCUUUUACGUUUGAACCCUUCAAAUCAAAGUCUAUUCCGUGAAGAGGGUUACAUCCCUCAGCUAGCAAAGCUAUUAGAGAGUACAUACAAAACUGGGCAGGGGGCGGAGGAAGACGUUGCCCUCUGGGCACAGGAGCAGCGUAACAGAAAUAUAUACGCUCUACUUGCGGUUAUUCGACUUUUUCUUGUUUCCGGUGCCGUCGGUACAUUGCAGAAUCAGGCUGCUUUUUGGCAACAUGGUGUCCUCUAUCAUGCGCUGCAGCUUGCAUUUAGUCAUGACGCAGAGCUGCCCAUCAAAGCAGAGGCCAUGACAACUUGUGCGGAUAUUAUCAGAGGUAAUGCCAAGCUACAAGAAAGCUUUGCGCAACUACAAGUUCCCUCAGUCCUAGAGAUCGCUCCGCCGACCAAUGGACAGACGGGCAAGUCAAGUGGCAUUCCGGCCGUCUAUGUAAUCGACGGCCUCCUAGAUCUAGCACUGAGUGUGCCUACGAGCCAAGCAUUCGACUUGCGACUAGCUGCGUGCCAGUGUAUAAAGGCAUAUUUCUAUAAUCACCCCGAUGUCCGCCUCCAUUUUCUACGACGGGCGAUCGAGGGACACGCGUCUGGCAUGGACGAAACGGCUAACGUCCUGACUACCUUGCUACGACCGUCCAAUGAAUCGACCACGGUGGAUCCAUAUCGCCAUUGGUUUGCGGCUGUUAUCACUUUCCAUCUCAUAUUCGACAAUGCUGAAGCGAAAGCUCUCGCCAUGUCCGUGACAGAAGGCGACGCCGAUAGCGGCGAAGAGGUUGUAACAAGCAUUCAGACGAUCACCGCUCAUCUCGUCAGUGGGCUUGCCAGAGGAGACGAUGAUCGAAUAUCUGUGGGCUAUUUGAUGUUGUUAAUAGGAUGGCUAUUCGAAGAUCUUGAUGGAGUGAAUGACUUCUUGGGAGAAGGAAGCAAUAUUCAAGCACUCGCGCAAGAAGCUGUACGGCACAAUUCAAGCAGCCCCAUUGCUCAAGGCUUAUGCGCGAUGAUCCUCGGGGUUGUUUAUGAAUUCUCUACCAAAGACUCCCCAAUUCCUCGGGCCACGCUGCACGACGUUCUCAUGUCUCGAAUGGGCAGGGAAAAGUACAUUGACGCUCUUAAUAAGUUACGAAGCCAUCCAUUCAUGAGGAACUUUGAGGUUAUCCCGCAGAAACUUGAGAUUGCAGGCAAUCUGCCCGAUGUUUACUUUGAUGCGACCUUUGUAGAUUUCUUCAAGGACAACUAUAGUCGUAUGAUAAGGGCUAUUGAUCGCGAUCCCGGCAUGGAGAUUUCAGUGGUAACCAAUGGCGUCCAAAAGGGGAUUUCCCGCGAAAUGGUGGACUCGUUACGCGCGCAAGUCGACGAAAAGGAACGAACAUUACAAGCCACCCUCGUUGAUAUGGCCUCGCUCAGCGGAAAACUUGGGCAAGAACAAGCAGACCAUCGGCGGACCAAGGAAUCUUCUGAUGCAGAAUUGGCACGGAUCAAGAGUGUCAAUGAAGCCAUACAGCAACACCACAACGAGGAACUUAAGUAAAAAAAUCGGAGCGGAACAGCGGGCCAAGGAUCAAGCUCAUCAAAAACAAUUAGAGACUCUUCGAAGGGAAGCAGCCAAGGCCGCAGAAGCGAUCCAUGCUGAUUAUCGUGACAAGCAAGCGGAAUUGCAAAGACAACUUGACUACGUCCGUAAAACUGCGGAGGCGGAGGCCGCACGUAUUCAGCGACGAUCCGAGGCGGAAAUGGCAGACCUUCGGGCCACGAUUAGCCGUCU